AUGGAAGAGCUGUCAGAUUUUGGCGAUAAGUUUAAGGAAAUAUUCGAUUUGUGUGACAUCGAUAAAGACGGAUAUAUUGACGUGAGACAUUUCGCUGAACUUGCCAAGGACCAUUUCGGAGGCGAAGGAACUACACCAGAGGAGUUGACUGUGAUUAUCAACCUACUGGACCCUGAAGGACGUGGGGUCAUCAACUUCCCUGACUUCUGCGAAGGGAUCAAACAGAUUCUAGAAAUACAACAGCAAGUGUCCCGAGGAUCGUUUCGAGGCAGCGUCAGUGAGGAGACGCUGGUACCACUGGACAUCGCUGGCGAUCUAUCCGUGCUAGAGAACCAAAAGACAAGUCCAUCAAUUAGCAGCCAGAACACAUACGCAGAGUACGACUUUUCAGGUUUUGACGAUCCUUCAGGGCUAGAAGGUGUUGAGAACGGGACCUCAGCCCAGCCCAUAAACCCACUGCCGGUCACAGAACUUAACGGGCACCCUCUUGUUAUUGGCAACAAUUCUGAAGACGAAGAAGACAGUGCUAUCAGUGCUAAAUCUUCAGAGAUUAAUGAAAACAGUCGACACGAAAUUACAGACGAAGAGAACUAUGAAGAUUUUGGGGAACUGGAAUCCUCAGAGGCAGAUGUCUCUGACCAAGGCCACUUUGCCAAUCGCAGGAUCACUACUGCAGCCCUUGCGAGUCAGUUGCAAAAAAGUGGCCGCAACUCUCCAUCCAGCGUUCGGAGCUACGGUUCUGACGAAAUUUUCGAUGAUAUUGACGGAAACUUCCAGGACGUCCAUGGAAGGUUAAAGUUCUUGGAAGACCAGCUUCAGCAUCUGUCUCAAGUGCAAACAGACACAAAUACAAAACAGGUGAAACUGAAGGACGAGAACACAGUGCUUGUCCAAAAAGUUCACUACCUUGAGGAGCAGUUGCGGGAUAUGGAGGUGAGGGGUGAUGACAGGUUGUCUGAAGAAAGAAGAAAACAUCAAGAAUACAUGGCUCGAAUCGAGAGAGACAAAAAUGAACAAAUGGAUUACGUGACUCAGAGAUUACACAGAAUGGAGAAAGAGUACGAAGCAUUGAAGGAUGAGGCUCCACGAUUACAUGCAGAGAUUGCAAAACUUCGAACUGAGAAGAUGGACAUUCAGGAGCGACUACUAGAGAAACAGGAGAGUUACAACGUUCUCUAUGAAGAUCAUGAGAAGCUGAGAGCAGACUACCACAAACAGGAAGUCUUACAGAAAAAGGAACGGCACGCAACAGGCCAGUUACUAGAUGAGAUGGGAAAGGAGCUAGAAGAACUUCGGAGAUACAAGAUCGAGCACGAAGGACGAUCACCUAGCGGAAGCAUAUCAGAACUACCGGGGCGGUACCGAGAUUUGCAGAAUGAAAUCCAUAAACUAAAGGAGGAGAACCGGAACCUGCACGACUCUAAUGAAGAGCUCAAUGCCCAACUGCUAAACCAAUGUAUUGGAGAAGGAAAAUCAUUGAUCCGUCCUUCCCAAGGACAGUCUCUGGCUGAGGAGUUGGAGCACCUGACCAAAGAGGAGCUUCUGGAGCAGCUGAGGAUGGAAAGAGACAUUAAUUUUCGUCUCAAGCAGUACGUGGACAAGAUCAUCAUCACCAUCUUGGAGAAAAACCCAUCUCUUCUGGAAAUCACCAACAGAUGA